UAGUUAGUCACUCCUGAUUCAUACAAUCCUUUUUUUUUUUGAACAUUUGGGAGGAAAGGGUACACAGCACUUUCCUCAUGCGGUUAUUGCUGGGGUAUGGCGAUGAGGGCAUGUCAGCCUUCAGCAUUCUCUUGCACUUCGGAGUGAGUCACAGCCAGAAUGGUGCAGAAGUUGCCAGUCGAUUCCAGGUGACACUUUGCAUGUGUGCUUAUGGCCAGAAAAAAACCUGGAGAAGGUGUAUGCAUCUCCCUGUUGAUUGGUUGCCCCAUCUGUCUUAUGGCCAGGGUGUCUGCCAGGGUGUCUGCCAGGGAAGAGAAGAGAAGAGCCCAAGCAGCCCAAAGUCUCAAGCAGGCGAAAGAAAGCCUAACGGGGUCGUCGUCCGUGCGAUGGUGGCAGAUAGCUUAUAAGGGGCCGUUUCCCUCCUCCUCGAGUCUGAGGAUUUUCUUCUUCAUUCACCUUCACCUUCGCGAAGUGGUCCCGACACCUGUUCCUAACUUACCAAGUAUUGUAUCCGGUGAGCGAGCGGGCACUAGGACGGCAAGAUGUCGGACAAUGUUGGUCGAGUGCGUCUUCGUUGUCGGAAGUGCCGGGGCAAUCAUCUUGUGUUCAGGAAGACAGCCAAGUGGCAAAACGGGAAUCGGGGCCGUCCAUUUUCGAAGUGUUCCGACUGCCGUGAUUUCAACUGGCGAGAUGGAGAUGGGCUCUGGUAUACCAACCCGCAUUGCCGAGAGUGUAAGAUCCCUUUGCGUCUGCAACGGUGGAAAGGAGGCUUCCAAUUGUGCUGUGAUCACAGGAAGCAUAAGCACUUUGAGGAGAUAGAUGAAGAAGAGGCGCAUGGGCUCAUAGAUGCGUUCCUACGCCAUGUGAGGAUGCUCCUUGAUCGUCUAGCGCACGAAGAGAG